AUGCUUAUUUCAGCUGAUGAAGAUGAAGAUGACGAGGAAGAUAAAACUACUGAAGAUGCUCAAGAAGAAAAGCCUAAGCCAAGACUCUUUUUGCCCAACCUUGUGCCACCUAAGAUUCCAGAUGGAGAAAGAGUCGACUUUGACGAUAUCCAUCGAAAACGUAUGGAGAAGGAUCUUUUAGAACUGCAGACAUUAAUUGAAGUUCAUUUUGAGAACAGGAAGAAAGAUGAAGAGGAAAUCAUUGCUUUGAAGGAAAGAAUUGAAAAACGCAGAGCAGAAAGAGCAGAGCAGCAUAGGAUUCAAGCUGAAAGGGAGAAGGAACGUCAGUCGAGGAUUGCUGAGGAAAGAGCCAGGAAAGAAGAGGAAGAAUCGAGAAAGAGAGCAGAGGAAGAAGCAAAGAAGAAAAAAACCAUGUCGAACAUGUCCUUGCACUUUGGAGGCUACAUGCAGAAGACUGACAGCCGUCGAGGUGGGAAGAAGCAAACUGAGAGGGAAAAGAAAAAGAAGAUCCUGUCAGAAAGACGCAAACCUCUGGAUAUUGACGAUCUGAAUGAGAGUGAACUCAAGGAGAAGAGCAAAGAGCUGUGGCAAUGGAUGUACCAACUGGAAGCAGAAAAAUUUGACCUACAGGAAAAAAUGAAACAGCAGAAAUAUGAAAUUAACGUAUUGCGAAAUCGAGUCAGUGAUCAUCAGAAGGUUUCUAAGGGUCUCCGUGGCAAGGGGAAGGUCUCAGGCCGAUGGAAGUAA